ACCAAAAACAAAAAGAAAAACCCAUCAAAACAAAAUAAUAAAGAAACCAAACCCAUAUCUAUUCUUUUGUGUGGAUGGGGAGGAACUAGGAGGAAGAACUAUUGCUUAACUCAUAGUAUAUCUGAAGAGCUUUUAUCAGAUUGAUUCUGCCAUACAAAUAAACUGCUACUCAUCAUCAUCAUUGCACACAUAUGCUUAACCCUAAAAAUCACUUACCAAUAUCAUAUAUUAGGGUUUAUAGUAAAAUUGAAUGCAACUCUUCUUCUUGCUUUAGUUUAGGUUUUCCUAUUCACUUUCAUUACAAAACUUGAGAAACCCUUCCCUUGAUUCCCUCCCCAUUAACCCUAUUCAUAGAUUAUAUUUCCAUUCUUGGGUGCUACCUACCUUUUCUUUUUCUUUUCAUACACCUACUUAUAUAUAAAGUGUAGAUUAAUUAUUACUACUAUGUUGGGUUCUUUCAAUUCUUCUUCUUCUGCUCAUAACCCAACUCAAGAACAAGAACCUACUGCUGUCUUAGAUCUGCAGUUUCAUCAGAUCAUUGCUCCACCGCCUGCUACUACUACUAUUAAUACCACUAGUGGUUUGAUUAGUGGCUUUGGUUCCUCCGCCGUUCAUUUCCGGCAAUUGCUUAUCAACUGCGCGGAGCUCAUCUCUCAGUCGGAUUUCCCCGCCGCUCAGCGCCUCAUUUCCAUUUUGGCUUCUAUUUCUUCUCCCUACGGUGAUUCUAGAGAAAGAUUGGUUCAUCAGUUUGUUAAAGCUUUAUCUCUAAGGCUCACUCGCUGUGGAAGGUUAACUAUUCCUCCUCCUUGCGGUGGCGGUGGAGGUGGCGGUGGUGUGAUUUAUCAAUCAGAGGAAGCUCUUCAAUCCUGCUAUUUGUCGCUGAAUCAAAUAACCCCAUUUAUUAGGUUUAGUCAUUUAACUGCGAAUCAAGCAAUCUUGGAAGCCAUAGAAGUAGGUCAGCCAGGUAUUCAUAUUAUAGACUUUGAUAUUAUGCAUGGAGUACAAUGGCCGCCAUUGAUGCAAGCUAUAGCUGAAAGAUCAAACACCUCUCUAUUUCCUCCACCUCUACUCAGAAUCACCGGCACCGGCCACGACUUAAACAUCCUUCAAAAAACCGGUGACCGUCUCCUCAAAUUCGCUCAAUCUCUAGGUCUCCGGUUCCAUUUCCACCCUCUUCUCCUCCUCAACAACGACCCUUGUUCACUCUCUCUCCACCUCCCCUCCGCCAUUACUCUUCUCCCCGACGAAGAUUUAGCCGUGAACUGUGUUCUCUAUCUCCACCAGCUUUUAAAAGACGAUUCACGCGAGUUACGGAUCUUUCUCCAUAGAAUCAAAGAACUAAACCCUAAAGUCGUCACAAUUGCUGAAAGAGAAGCGAACCACAACCACCCGUUUUUCUUGCAAAGAUUCAUGGAAGCCUUAGAUCAUUACACGGCAGUAUUCGACUCGUUGGAGGCGACGGUGCCGCCGAUCAGCAGAGAGAGAUUGGCGGUGGAGGAGAUAUGGUUUGGGAGGGAGAUCAUGGAUAUUAUCGCCGGAGAAGGAGAAUCAAGAAAAGAAAGACACGAAAGAUUUGAAUCAUGGGAGAUUAUGUUGAGAAGUGUAGGGUUUAAUAAUGUUCCAUUAAGCCCUUUUGCACUUUCUCAAGCUAAGCUUCUUUUAAGACUCCAUUAUCCUUCAGAAGGUUAUCAUCUUCAAAUCAUCAAUAAUUCUUUCUUUUUAGGUUGGCAGAAUCAACCCCUUUUUUCAGUCUCUUCUUGGCACUAAUUACCUAAUUAUUAUUCUAAUUAAUUGUUUAAUUAUUAAUUAACCCUUUAUCUACCCCAACCACUCAAUCCCCACCAAGAAAAAAAAAAUUCUAAAUUCUCUAUAUGACCCACUAAAGAGAUUGAAAAAGGGUUCCAUUAUGAUUAAUUUGAAAACCCUUUUGUACAAAAUUUUCUUAGUGCAUGGGAAAUAAGAAUCUGAAGACGACGCCGUUGCAUGAGUUAGUAGCAUCAAGAGGUGUUCAACAAUGGCUGACCUGAUCAAACAUGAUCUUGAGCUUGAUGAUGAUGAUGAUGAUCGCCAUGCAUGUGUUCUAUAUUCUUGGGAAGGUGAAACUGAUAAAAAGUUGAUGCGAUUUAUAUAUAAAUAUAUAUACAAUUGGGGGGUACGUUGACAUAUUUUGAUUCUUUUGUUUUUGCACUUGUCUUCUUGAAUUUCUCUCAUAUAGUAUAUUCCUUAAUUUGUAACCUUAAUUUUUGUUAAUUUUUCUUAUAUUACUACUAUAUAAUUUCUUAGUGGUUCUUUAAUUAAUUUAUUAUUAAUUUUGUUCCACAAAACAAAGACCUCUUUGGCAUCUUAAAAAAGGCAGCAAUUGAAGGCAACAAUUGGGACGUGGAGAAUAUAUUUGA